CGUCGGCCAUCAUGCGAAACCUCGGCACAGCUCGUCCUCAUAUAGGUCGGUCCUGAGUCGCGGUGCGACCUUGUUACUGUUUCCAACAUUGUUCAUACUUUCCCUAUUCCUCUAGAUACCUAUCUCUCCAACAUCGGUUAUUUGAACACAUCUGUCUCUAACUGCCUACCCUGUCGCAUCGCUACAAUGGCUUCACCACAGAAGAUCCGAACGCCGAUAACCGAUCUUUUCAAGAUCCAGCAUCCGGUCCUCCUGGCCGGCAUGAACGUCGCUGCCGGCCCUAAGCUCGCUGCCGCGGUCACGAACGCCGGAGGGCUCGGUGUCCUCGGAGGGAUCAACUACACCCCGGAAAUGCUUCGGGAUCAGAUCGACGAGUUGAAGAGCCACCUGACGGACAAGAAGGCGCCGUUUGGAGUCGACCUGCUGCUCCCUCAGGUUGGAGGCAACGCACGGAAAACAAACUACGAUUACACAAAGGGCAAGCUAAAUGAGAUGGUCGAUAUCAUCAUUGAGUCUGGCGCCAAGUUGUUCGUCUCCGCGGUCGGCGUCCCCCCGAAGGCCAUCGUCGAGAAGCUCCACAAAGCUGGUAUCGUCUACAUGAACAUGGUUGGACAUCCGAAACAUGUCAAGAAGUGCCUCGACCUUGGCUGCGAUAUCAUCUGCGCCCAGGGCGGGGAGGGCGGUGGCCACACCGGUGACAUCCCCACCACCGUGCUGAUCCCCGCCGUCGUCGACAUCUGCAAGGGCCACACCAGCCCCCUGACUGGCAAGCCGGUUCAGGUGAUCGCAGCGGGCGGCAUCCACAACGGCCAGCUGCUGGCCGCGGCGCUGAUGAUGGGCGCCAACGCCGUCUGGGUCGGCACUCGGUUCGUCCUGUCGGAGGAGGCGGGUGCCCCCGAGUCACACAAGGAGGCAGUCCGCACCGCGGGCUUCGACGACAAUGUCCGGACGCUCAUCUUCACAGGGCGGCCGCUGCGCGUGCGGACCAACCCCUAUAUCGAGAACUGGGAGACGGAGCGCCAGCAGGAGAUCAAGGAGCUGACCGCGAAGGGCGUGAUCCCGUACGAGGUCGACCUGGACAAGGUCAUGGCUGGCGAGAUGGACACCCCGCCGACAAAGGCGGGUGCCUCCAAGGCGGAUGGCGAGGAGGAUGUCGAUGUCGACGACCUGAUGGAUCAGUUCCGGCCUUUCUUGAUGGGCAAGUGCGCCGCGGUGGUCAACGAGAAGAAGUCCGCGAAGGAGAUCGUCGACGAGUUUGUCAACGAUGCGGCUGCUGUGAUCCAAAGGGGCAACAAGAUGGUUGCCAAGUUGUAAAUAUCGCCCACCUAACCUACCCACCUACUCAUUUCCGGCCGGUUUGGAUCCGCCCGUACCUGGAUUGAUGGAAUCAGUACCUGUAUACAUAUUCAUUCAGCUUAUUUUGCCGAGUUCUAGAUACCGGUAGCCUUUUUAACACGUCUUUGUUUCCCCGUUUAAAACAAUGGAAGAACUUGAUAUACUUCUUUGUGAAUGUGAAUACUGGCCUGUUUGAGACCAGUUUGAGACCCAGGAAACCGAGGGACACAGGAAGAGAGCAACUAGACCGCCAGUCCGUCGGACCAUCAACUAACCAACCUGGUGUUCUAAG